AUGUCCAGCUUCUAUUCGAGCAAUCAGUUCAUGAACCCGGGCCCUGCUCCUCGCCCGCCGACUGACCGCCCACGACUUGAUCUGCAGCGCUCUCAAACCGCCGUUCCUACCUCGACAUUUGAUUCUAUGUCCAUAACACCGCAAUCGCCCGCCGUCACAACCCCGAGCGCCGGUUACUUCUCCAACAAUACGAGCACGUUGUCCCUCACAGGCCAAAAGGUGAAUGGCCCCGUCACUAUAAUCAAGGAAGGAUGGGUUCGCUGCAAAGAGGAGAAAAUCUUCGCCGGCUGGAACGAGCGGUACCUGAUUUUGCGAGAGUUUCGCCUCGAUUUCAUGAAGAACGAAAAUGGCAAACUUAUGGCAAGCAUACAAUUGAAAGAUGUCACUGGUGUUUCCAGGUCAGAAUCGACCAGGAUGGCUUUCGAAAUCACCAGACUGGCCAACUCCAAGGAUGGCCAGACCAAAGCUCCCAUACUCGCCCGCGAUCUACCUACCAAGACUGUCAUCUGCGAAGUUCGCAAUGAUGAUGAGAUUUACGACUGGAUUGACAAGAUCUACGAGCGAUGCCCUGGCAUGGGUGGCGUCAGUAACCCUACAAACUUUAGCCACCGCAUACAUGUUGGUUUCGAUCCCCAGACCGGUGGUUUCGUUGGCCUGCCUCAGGAAUGGGAGAAGCUGCUCACCGCCUCCGCCAUUACAAAGGAAGAUUACAAGAAGAACCCUCAGGCUGUCAUUGAGGUGCUCGAGUUCUACUCCGAGCACAAGAAGCGCGAGCAGCAGCCCGAAGUUUACCCCAACUCAAUCCCAACACCUCCUGCUAUGCAACAAAACAAGCAACUAGGCUACUCAAGCGGAAAUGGCAUUGCUCCUCCCAGGCCUGCGCCGCCUACCGAAGCGCAGCGUUACAACACAAAUCAAUUUGUCAAGUACCAGGACAAUGUCAGCCGUUCCAAUACUCCACCAGUCAAACCAACACUCUCGCGGUCUACAACCGACAAGAGCAGCUACGACAUGGAAGCCGAUGCUGCCAGGAUCAAGGAAAUUGCCAACCAGGAGCAGCAGCGCAUCAAGCGGGAGCGCGAUAUGCAGAGGCAGCAGGAAGAAGAAUCCAGACGACGACGAGAAGAUGCCGAGCGAACGCGACGAGAGCAAGAGGAAUACAACGCAGCUAUUCCCAAGACGCGACCGCCACUCGCCCAACAAGAGAUUGGGGGAGGCUUCACGCCGCAAGAUAAGUCCCGGCAGGACCCACGCUACGAUCCCGCCCGUGCUGCUCCUCGAGCACCCACCAGCACCCAACAGGGUGCUCGGCAGCCACCGCAAGCACAGCGGCCGGCUCCCCCGGCGCCCACCAAAUCUCAAACGUCCAUCCCCAAAUCCUCUUCUCCGGGCGGGCCCGCGGUGCGCAAUGACAGCUUAGACAGGCAGCAGUCACCUAACAGCAGGUACCAAGCCGACCAGAGCCGAGCACGAAACGACUCAGCAUCGCGACCGAACCAGCAAAACGGCGUGAACGGGAAGACGCAGCCUCCAGUACAACAAGUGAAGCCCCUUAAUGUUGCCAAACAGCCACCGACCAAGCCGCAAGCCGACCCACGCAAAGAAGCCGAGGCGGCCCUAAGCGCCAAGAAGCCUGCUGAGGAGCGGCAGAAGGAGGUUCGAAUGUCCAGCAUGAGUGAAGGCGAGGUUAUGGCGAAGCUUAAGCAAGUAGUAUCCCGGGACAACCCCCUGGAGAACUACAGCAAACAAAAGAAAAUUGGUCAGGGUGCGUCAGGCUCCGUUUAUGUGGCGAGAGUCAAGGAGAGCGCUACUUCCCAAGUCGCGCGCGAAAUCUACCGUACUCACGGUCCCAAAGGCCAGGUGGCUAUCAAGCAAAUGGAUCUGCGAAACCAGCCGCGCAAGGAGCUAAUUGUCAACGAAAUUAUUGUCAUGAAAGACUCGAAGCACCCUAAUAUUGUCAACUUCUUGGAUUCAUUCCUGCAGGAGCAGAGCAACGAACUGUGGGUAGUCAUGGAGUUUAUGGAAGGUGGCGCGCUUACGGAUGUCAUCGACAACAAUCCCGUCAUCACCGAGGACCAGAUUGCCACUAUCUGCAACGAGACAUGCAAAGGCCUUGCGCAUCUGCAUUCUCAGGAUAUCAUUCAUCGUGACAUCAAGUCUGAUAAUGUACUGUUGGACCGCAUGGGCAAUGUCAAGAUCACUGAUUUUGGCUUCUGUGCCAAGCUCACCGAGUCCAAAUCCAAGCGCGCCACUAUGGUUGGCACGCCGUACUGGAUGGCGCCUGAGGUUGUUAAGCAAAAAGAGUAUGGACCCAAGGUUGAUAUCUGGUCCCUGGGUAUUAUGGCCAUCGAGAUGAUUGAGUCGGAGCCUCCCUACCUCAACGAAGAGCCCUUGAAGGCGCUCUUCUUGAUCGCAACGAACGGCACGCCAAGGCUGAAGAAUCCGAACAAGUUGAGCAGAGAAUUAAAGGCGUUCCUGUCGGUGUGCUUGUGCGUGGAUGUCCGGAGCAGAGCCAGCGCGGAUGAAUUGCUCCGCAACGAAUUUAUGAAGAUGGGGUGCAGCUUAGCGAGCUUGAGCGAAUUAUUAAAGUGGAGGGAGAAGGGUCGGCAGUGA